AUGGAGCGUGUUUGCAAUAAGCAAUACAGGUGUGAUGUAUGCGAAAAACUGUUCGCUCACAGAAAUAGUCUGACUAUUCACAAACAGACGCAUGUGGAAGAAAAUCAAUAUUUGUGUGACGUUUGUGACAGAUGGUUCGUCAAAAGCAGUGACCUGACGGCUCACAAGCGGACGCACACGGGAGAAAAGCCAUAUUUGUGUGACGUAUGCGAUAAAUCAUUCAGUCAGAAUUCCAACCUGAUGGUUCACAGGUUGACCCAUACAAGAGAGAAGCCAUACCCGUGUGAUGUAUGCGAUAAAUCGUUCAGAAGGAAUACCCACCUGACGGUUCACAAACGUACGCACACGGGAGAGAAGCCAUUCCCUUGUGACGUAUGUAACAAAUCAUUCAGUGAGAAUAGCAAACUGACGGCUCACAAACGGACUCACACAGGGGAAAAGCCUUACCCGUGUGAUGUAUGUGAUAAAUCGUUCAGUCAGAAUGGAACUCUGAUAGUUCACAGGAGGACGCAUACGGGAGAGAAGCCCUACCCGUGUGACGUAUGCGAUAAAUGGUUCAGUGACAAUAGCCAACUAACGAUUCACAAGCGGACCCAUACAGGAGAGAAGCCAUACCCGUGUGACGUAUGUGACAGAUCGUUCAAUAGUAACAGUGACUUGACGGUUCACAAGCGGAUACACACGGGAGAGAAGCCAUACCCGUGUUAUGUAUGCGAUAAAUCGUUCAGAAGGAAUGCCCACCUGACGGUUCACAAACGUACGCACACGGGAGAGAAGCCAUUCCCUUGUGACGUAUGUAACAAAUCAUUCAGUGAGAAUAGCAAACUGACGGCACACAAACGGACUCACACAGGGGAAAAGCCUUACCCGUGUGAUGUAUGUGAUAAAUCGUUCAGUCAGAAUGGAAAUCUGAUAGUUCACAGGAGGACGCAUACGGGAGAGAAGCCAUACCCGUGUGAUGUAUGUGACAGAUGGUUCGUUAAAAACAGUGACCUGACGGUUCACAAGCGGUCGCACACGGGAGAGAAGCCUUACCCGUGUGACAUAUGCGAUAAAUCGUUCGCUCAGAGCAGUACUUUGACAGUUCACAAACGAACGCACACGGGAGAGAAACCAUAUCCGUGUGAUGUUUGUGACGGAUCGUUCAUUAGCAACAGUGACUUGACGUGUCAUAAGCGGACACACACGGGGGAAAAACUAUACCCGUGUACCAUCUGUGAUAAAUCUUUUUCUCAAAGUGCUAAUCUAACAGUACAUCAGAGAACGCACACGGGAGAGAAGCCAUUCUCCUGUGACAUAUGCGAUAAAUCCUUCGCUCAGAGCAGUAGGUUAACGAGACACAAGCGUACACACACAGGAAAAAAGUCGAGUGAUGUAAGCGACAAAACGUUCAGUCAGAGUCUGACGGUCCACAUUCGGAUGCACUCGUGUGAGAAACCAUAACUGAGUGGUGAACCGCCUAAUUCACCCGACCGAGAAGUCAGAAAAUACGUAAUAGAACCACCGUCUAUGAUAUUGAUGUUUGCUUGUUUUUCUUAUGUAAUAAUGUCAAUAAAAAAUUGCUAUUGGUUUUCCAAUUUUUGUUACCUAAAU